AUGUGGGAGGAUGUGAUCAAUAAAUGUCAAGUAAAGGCCUCCUCUUGGAAGAACAAGUGGUUAACUCAGGCAGGUAGAAUUCAGAUGAUUAAAUCUGUUCUUUCAGCGAUUCCCAUUUAUCAAAUGGCAUGUUUUAGGCUAUCAUUUAAAGUAGCCAAAGAGUUAGACAGUUUGUUCAAAAAGUUUUUGUGGGAAGGAUCACAGAAGAAGAAGAAAAUUCCUCUCAUCAAUUGGGAUACAACUUGCCUAAUAAAAUUGGAGGGAGAAGCGGGUCUAAGAAAAAUGGAUUUGCAUAAUCGAGCUAUUGGGGCUAAAUUAGCUUGGAAAAUGUAUGCUCAACCUCAUAAAUCCUGGUGUAAGAUUAUGGUUGCUAAGUAUCUGGAUUCAACCGAAGCAGAAAGGAUUUUCAAAGUGGCUAACUCAAUUAAGGGCUCUCCAAUUUGGAAACAUAUUUGGGAAAGUAGAAGUAUAUUAACAGAGCAUCUGACAUGGAAAAUAGGUAAUGGUGAAAAGGCUAAAUUUUGGAGAGACUCAUGGAAUGGUGACAUUUCUUUAGCUGAAGAAAUAGACGACAUGGUAUGGAUUAAUGAAGUGGAAGCAGUGGUAGGUUCUUAUGUGGCGGAUUAUAUUUUGGAAGGGUAG